AUGGACAACCGGCCCGCUUCCGAGUACGCACAGCCAGGUUCGCACCACCCAAGCACCGCUGCCGACGCACCUUCUGAACAAAAACCCGCAGACCAAACUUCUGCUGCUGCCAGCGCUCACUACACCCCGCAACCCGAGGUUCGCCCUGCACCACAGUAUACACCGCAGCCUGAGGGUCGGCCCGCCAAUAUCUCUUCGUCGAAUACCCCUCAGUCGGACUACGGUCUGAACCCUCCGACCGCUCGCUCGCCCGCCUACCAGGACUAUCUUCACCGUCCUCCCCAAUCCUACGCUCCCAACUCCCAACCCGGCGGUGCGGCAGGUAUGGCUCAAGCAACAAGUCCGUACACCAACACCUUGCCUACGGGCCCGCGCAGUCCGAACGUAAAGUCUGACGCGCCCGUUCCUAUAGAUCCUUCGCUUCCGGCCAAUAGCCCCACCUAUCCUCCCCCCUAUUCCCCCUAUCAACCUCAGGGGCACGAGAUGGCGCAGUACCAGGGUCAUCCCCCUCCGCCUCAACACAUGUAUGCGCGCCCGGAUUGGCCUCAUAGUUAUGGACAGCAGCAUCAUGGAUUGCCGGGGCCUUAUGCCUCCCCGGCCACAACGGUUGGUUCCGCCUCCCCUUUUACUGAUCGUGCAGGCCCACGCCCGCCCAAGGUCUACUCAUUCGUCCCAAUUCCUGGUGCACAGCAGCACAAGCGUCCCCGUCGUCGUUAUGAGGAAAUUGAGCGCAUGUACAAGUGUGGAUGGAAUGGGUGUGAGAAGGCAUAUGGUACUUUGAACCACUUGAACGCACACGUGACCAUGCAGUCGCACGGUGCGAAACGCACUCCUGAGGAAUUCAAGGAAAUCCGUAAGGAAUGGAAGGCUCGCAAGAAGGAGGAAGAGGCUCAGCGCAAGGCUGUCGAGGAGCGUGAGCGUGCUGCCGCUCAGGCUGCCCAGGCCAACCAGGUUGAAGCUCCUAAUCCCUCUGACCCAUCUCACGGACAGCCUCCUGCUUAUGCUGGCGGCGUCCGCCCUCAACUUCCUCCGAUCGGUUACCAGCCCGCGGAUAGCCAGGUCCCCAGCCAGUAUGGGGGUCCUCCUGGCAGUGGAAUGGUCUACCAGAACAAUGCACAGAUGGCCUACCCUCCCAACUACCCUCACUCUCCUUAUCAGAGCGGACCUGUGUACCCGCAACGUGAGUAA